AUGAACAUAAUUAUUCCAACACCCGUUCCAAAUGAUCACCAGAUUCCAUGUCAAGAACUUGACACCCUGCGAGUCGUCCUGGCCGAAGAUCUGAGCCCUCCCCUUGCGGACGAGGACGUUGAGCGCCUUGAGCAGCACCUCGUUGUCGAUGCCGUGUAUCUCGGUGCCCCUCGUCCCCUCGCCCUCGCCCAGCUCGUACACGGUCAGCACGCUGCCCUUCUGCCCCGUCUCCUCGACGUACUUCUCGAUCUUGCGCGCCCACUCCUCCGGCUUGCGCCAGUACACGAACACGACCUCCCCCUCACCGCUGCCGUUACCCCCGGACGCGUACUCGAUCCGCCCGUCCUUCUUCAUGAAGUCGAGCAGCUCGCGGAUGUCGGGCAUGCCCAGCCGCCGGUCCAGCCGCCGGUUGUAGAAGAGGUCCGAGUCGGCGGCGGCGGAGAGCCCCAGGCGGAAGAUGCGGUGGUGCCGCGCGUAGGCGAGCACGAGGGCGGACCACUUGGAGAGCUGGGCGUGGUGGGUGGUCAGGCGGGGAACGAGUACUCGCGCGGGAAGCGGAAGGACGACGCGUCGGCGCCCGCCGCGGCUGUGGAUGCGGCGGCCAUAUUUGGGGAGUGCAGAGAGGGGGGAUGGGGGGACUCUUUCGCUCGCCGCCUGGGUGUGUUGGGUGUCGGUCUGGUUGCACAGCGUUGUCGAAUUUGGGGGAGAUGGGAUGGCGGGCUUGUUGGAGGGGCACAAAGGUUGAACUACGUAGGUGGUGGGGUCGAACAGCUCUUAACUUUAGGGCCACCAACCACUUAA